GCUGCAUCAGGCCCUCAUCUCCUGCUAUUGCUUCAUCCGACAAUACUACGAGGCCAUGACUCGCGACGGCAAACGCUCAGUGCUCGUCAUGAACGGGCCAAACAUUAAUCUCAUCGGCACUCGUGAGCCAGCAGUGUACGGCGCCGACACGCUUGAUGACGUGGUUGCUGCGGCUCGCAGACAGGCCGCUGAGUUUGGGGGACACAUCGAUUUCUUUCAAAGCAACUGGGAGGGCGCCCUAAUCGACCGAGCACAUCAAGCGCGCACAGAUGGGACAGACGCGAUUGUCAUCAACCCUGCGGCACUGACUCAUUACAGCAUUGCGCUGCGCGACGCGCUCCUCAGCGUGGCAAUCCCAUACAUCGAGGUGCACCUCACCAAUAUUCACGCACGUGAAGAGUUCCGCCACAAGUCAUAUCUAAGUGACAAGGCUGCGGGGAUCAUCGUGGGAUUUGGCGCCAAGGGCUACGGCAUGGCAGUUGACAGCGCGUUUAAGGACACAGCCAAAUUCCCCUCCCGCCCAGAGACGAUGUAGCCCGUCUCAGGAGCGUUGUAGAUUGAAAUGUAUACUCAUAGCUUGUACUCAACUGC